AUCGUAAAUCCCGCGAGAGUUGAAUUCAUUUUUCGUUUAUCCGUCGAUCACCAAAAUGAGUAGAAAACAAACACCUAGUGAAUUUUUGAAACAAAUUAUUGGGAGACCAGUUGUAGUGAAGCUGAACUCAGGUGUUGAUUACAGAGGUGUGCUGGCCUGUUUGGAUGGUUAUAUGAACAUUGCCCUGGAGCAGACAGAAGAAUACGUAAAUGGUCAACUGAAGAACAAAUAUGGUGAUGCUUUCAUCAGGGGAAAUAAUGUAUUAUACAUCAGUACACAGAAGCGGAGGGUAUGAGGAUUCCUGGACGUUAGUGAUGAUAGAGUGUAGAAAAUGGAAGUGAAUGUGCCAAGGAUGCAGAGUGUAUGUUUUGUGAAGUAUGAUUGGUAUUGAAGUAUGAAUGUGUGAAAAUAGUGGAUAUCACAGGAAGAUGACAAUAUGACAUUGGAAAAGUGCUUUGCAUCAUAUUACCACAGGAAUCAUAUCCAAUGGCUAUCAAUUUGCAGUUUUAAUUUUGGCUUGUUUAGCAAAUUGUUCUAAUUUAAGCAAUUUUUGGUCUGUUGAUCCAGUUGUCUACUUGAAUUAAGUUUAGUAUAUCAUCAGCAAAUAAGCUACAAUAUUUUUUGUAUUUUUUUUUUGUCUGGUGUAUACUGGUUAAUUACUCAUAAUGUUAUCUUUUUCUAUCAAUUUGAUCAAGCAAAGUCACUUUAUCACAUUACAUUUGAUAUUUUAUCAUCAUGAAUAUCAU